AUGCCAGAGGCAAAAAAACGGGGAAGAAAGCCAAUUUUGCGAAAAAUGGAGGAGGAUAAUUCUGAGCCACAAACAUGUCAAGCUGAGGAGGGUAAUAAUCAAACUCAAUACGAAUUGGAACAGACUGAACCAGCUCAAGAAGUAUCAAAUACUGAGUCAGAUGAGAAAAACCAAACGGUCCCCCAAAUUGAGCGUAGUAACGACCCUUCAUGUACGCUUUAUGUAUGCAGGCUCUCUUUAAAAACAAAAGAAGAUGAUUUACGUAGAUUAUUUGAAGAUUAUGGUGAGGUAACUGAUUGCCAUUUAGUUACAAAUCCAUUAUCUGGAGAAAGCAGGUGUUUUGGGUUUGUAACUAUGGGUAACGAGGAGGAGGCAGCACGUGCAAAAAAUGCAUUGGAUGGAAAAGAAUAUCAAGAUGCGACUUUGAAGGUUGAGACAGCAAGACGUGCUAAGCCGUAUGAUCCUACCCCAGGAGAAUAUAAAGGACCCCAAUAUCGAUCAAUCAAAUAUAAUAAUUCAAGAACCGGGUAUCCUCGUUCUUCUCAUCGUGGCAAUUCAUUUAGGCCUUCUACUAGGAGUAGAUAUGACUAUCCACCACCAUCUCACUCGAGAGGUGAUCAGUACAACAGACACAGUGAUGAUUAUUACAACAGAUACUAUGACAACAGAUACCCUAGACCGGAUGAUUAUCACUCCUCUAGGUACCACUCCCCGCCACGUUACUCUAGAGCAGAUCCAUACGACUCAAGGUAUAGCAGACGAUAA